CUCACUCUGCAGUGCAGUGCCCACGCGAGCCGAGACGAGACGAUGGCAUCAUCUCCCGCUCCAAGCCCCGCCGCGCCGCCGCUCCUCCUCGCCGCGCUCGCGGCGCUCGCCGUGGUCGCGUCCGCCUCCGCCGCCGCGUGCUCCGCGGGCGACCGGGACGCGCUGCUGGCGAUCCGGGCGGCGCUGUCGGAGGCGCACCUCGGGGUGUUCUCGUCGUGGACGGGCACCGACUGCUGCACCAGCUGGUACGGCGUGAGCUGCGAUCCCACCACCGGCCGCGUCGCCGACCUCACCCUCCGCGGCGAGGCCGACGACCCCGUCAUGGCGCCCGCCGGCCGCCCGGCCUCCGGCGUCAUGUCCGGCUACAUCUCCGACGCGGUGUGCCGCCUCGGCCGCCUCUCCUCCCUCAUCCUCGCCGACUGGAAGCAGAUCUCCGGGCCCAUCCCGCCGUGCGUCGCCACCGCCCUCCCUUACCUCCGCAUCCUCGAGCUCCCCGGCAACCGCCUCACCGGCGAGAUCCCGCGCUCCAUCGGCAGCCUCUCCCGCCUCACCGUGCUCAACCUCGCCGACAACCUCAUCGCCGGCGAAAUCCCAAGCUCCAUCACCUCGCUCGCGUCGCUGAAGCACCUCGACCUCACCAACAACCAGCUCACCGGCGGGAUCCCGGACGACGUGGGCGACCUCACCAUGCUCAGCCGCGCGCUGCUCGGCCGGAACAAGCUCACCGGCGCCAUCCCAACGUCGGUCGGCUCCCUGACCCGGCUCGCCGACCUCGACCUCGCCGAGAACGGCCUCACCGGCGGGAUCCCGGACAGCCUGGGCGGCGCCCACGUGCUCACCUCCCUGUACCUCGGCGGCAACCGGGUCUCCGGCCGGAUCCCGGCGAGCCUGCUGCAGAACAAGGGGCUGGGCAUCCUGAACCUGAGCCGGAACGCCGUCGAGGGCGCCAUCCCCGACGUGUUCACCGCCGAGUCCUACUUCAUGGUGCUCGACCUGUCCCGGAACAGGCUCACCGGCGCCGUGCCGAGGUCGCUGUCGGCGGCAGCGUACGUCGGCCACCUCGACCUCAGCCACAACCGGCUGUGCGGCUCCAUCCCCGCCGGCCCGCCGUUCGACCACCUCGACGCCGCCUCCUUCGCCAGCAACAGCUGCCUCUGCGGCGGCCCGCUCGGCAAGUGCACGUGACGUGCCCCAACCAGAGCCGUCCGAUCGAUCGGGAGAGCCUGAUCGAACGUGUGGUGUGCGAUGUACCGUGUACGAUGCAACGAACUUACGUGUUCGUAUAUAUGGUUAAUUAGUUGCUGCUUAAGUAUUAACUCACUUGGGCUAUAGUUUUGGGCUUGGGUACAUAUAGAACAAGAUGAGAAUUUGUGCCUAGUGUGUGUGUGUGUGAGAGAAAGAGGAAGUGGUUAAGGAAAAGAAGAAUGUUUUCUCUUUCCUGCCUUUCUCUUCUUUAUACUUUUAACCUUUUUUGCUAGUGAUUUACUUGAUAGUUCUACUUUAAAGUUUGUAUUGUACAAGUGACAAAAGCAUAAGAAAUGCUAAAGAUCUUGUAUGAGAGGUUGUGGUUUCAUAUU